AUUUGCUUCCGCACCCUGAAGUUGACCACUCCCACGUACGGGGACCUCAACCACCUGGUGUCGGCCACCAUGAGCGGCGUGACCACCUGCCUCCGCUUCCCCGGCCAGCUGAACGCUGACCUGCGCAAGCUGGCGGUCAACAUGGUGCCUUUCCCCCGGCUGCACUUCUUCAUGCCGGGCUUCGCCCCUCUCACCAGCCGCGGCAGCCAGCAGUACCGCGCCCUGACGGUGCCCGAGCUGACGCAGCAGAUGUUCGACUCCAAGAACAUGAUGGCCGCCUGUGACCCCCGCCACGGUCGCUACCUGACGGUGGCCGCCAUCUUCCGGGGCCGCAUGUCCAUGAAGGAGGUGGACGAGCAGAUGCUCAACGUGCAGAACAAGAACAGCAGCUACUUUGUGGAGUGGAUCCCCAACAACGUGAAGACGGCCGUCUGCGACAUCCCCCCGCGUGGCCUCAAGAUGUCGGCCACCUUCAUUGGCAACAGCACGGCCAUUCAAGAGCUCUUCAAGAGGAUCUCGGAGCAGUUCACGGCUAUGUUCCGGCGCAAGGCUUUCUUGCACUGGUACACCGGCGAAGGCAUGGAUGAAAUGGAGUUCACGGAGGCCGAGAGCAACAUGAAUGACCUGGUCUCUGAAUAUCAGCAGUACCAGGAUGCCACUGCUGAUGAGCAGGGGGAAUUUGAAGAGGAAGGAGAG